CCUACUGAUCUUCAUUACAUUACACGACUUUAGAAAUAGAAAGGAAAAAACUCAUGGCUUCAUUCGAAAUACGCCAGCGCUGCAAAGGACCAGGCGCUGAGAAAAAAAAACGGCGCACGUGAGCUGUACUACACAGUUCUUCGGAUUUUCUUUCCUAAUUGUAUGUAGAUUCAUAUUCAUUUUCGACCAUUCUCGUGGACCGUGAGACGAAGCGAGUUUGGGACGAAAAAUAAUUCUUGUUCCCACUCUUUCAAAAGCAAGCGUCCCGGCUACACGGCCUAUAGAAAAUGCCUCGGGACAGAAGCAAAGGCGCCACCUCCUCUGGGCGCGACAAAAGUGGAGACCGGAGCGGCGGGGACCGCGACCGGAGUGGUGGGGACCGCGACCGGAGUGGCGGGGACCGGAGUGGCGGAGACCGGAGCGGCGGAGAGCGGAGUCCGCGCACCGUUCCACCACUUAAAAUAGUUGGCACUCUGAGCAAAUCAGAAACUAAAGUCGCAUAUCAAAUGCAAAUAUGUCUGGACCUCGAAGACCCCGAGGCCUGUCAUGCAGAUUUUGCAUGAUCCAUGUCGUCUGCAAUGCAGGACCUAGCAUGACAGAUUCUGUGAGAUGAUCGCUAUCGUGCGUAUCUUGCAGGACAAACUUCCUCGCAACUUGGUCAAAAGUGGACAGCUUUUGACACUCAUGCAACACAGAUUUUUGCACGAUCCAGAAUUAGCAUCACAGGUUGCAAUCUUCCAGACCCAGACAUAUUUGCAAUGCAUAUCGCGAUGAACCGAGCUGGCGGUCGCGGCGGAGGCGCGGGUUCUUCCAGUGAUGACCUUUUGAGCGGAGCCGGCGAUAGCGAUUUUGAGUCGGGUGGCGCUCUAGGCCUCGCCGCGGGAGGAGGUGGCGGGGGCGACAAAAACAAGAGCGGACGGAAAAAGCAAAGCAACGGCUGCGGCUGCUGCACGUACUGUUGUCGGUGCCCAAUGUUCAUGGUGUUAGAGCUCUCACUGGCGAUUUUUCUCAUGCGCGACGUCUAUCUGAGCAUCAAGGCGAUGGUGGACUGCCCCACAGUGGACCAGAGCGUCAGAGAUGCCAUGAGCAGUGCUGGAGGGAACAAUUUCAACCCGGUGCAAUCCUCUUAUCAAGCCCCGAUGCAAUCCUACAUGGCCUCCUCUGCCAGCCAGCAGCCCGCUUAUGCACUGCAAAAGUAUCGUAUUCGUAUAAAUGCAUCACAGGUUUCAUCAGCAUGAGAAGUGAAAUUUGUAAUGCGGAUUUACCUUAAGAAAAAGAUUUGUAAAUGCAUCACUGUAAAAAUUACUACGAGUGCAAUACUUUUGCAGUUGAUACCGCUGGCACCGCUCAAACUUCGAGUUCGGGUGGAGGUGGAGGUGCAUUCCCUUUAUGACAAUGAAAAAUGCCCCUGCCGUUCCCGUUGCCGCCCCAGAACUAGUACUUGGCAGCAUUUGUAUUGCAAACCUACUUCCCAGUGGAAAUAUAUCUUGUUGCAAGAAGCAUCAGCAUCACAAAUUUUCAAUGACGAAUAAGGUAAAAUUUGUCUUGCAAAAGAGCCCAGCAACAUCCUGGCAGAAGAUGCCGUGCGCAGUGUAGUAGAUUCAGCAGCAUCAAAAAGACUUCUCAUGAUCCUAUCAUGCAAAGAUAAAAAGUUCUAGUUCUUCAUUUGAAGAAAACCUUGUGCAUCAGAAGCCUUUGGUGCAACAAUUUCUGGGGUCGCUCGUGGGCGGGGCGAUUUUAAUUGUGAUACCCGGCUUCAGCAUUUGUUCAGGAGCACUUGUCGUCCUCGACAGACGGCGCCACGACCUCAAUGGACGAUGAAGACCACAACAUGAAGAAACACAUAGAAGGCAGCAAAGAAGGCAGCACCAGUGCGACGUUCCUACAAGAGGAGGAAAAUGAGCGCUCCUACCGCCGUUCCACAGCGGCAGGAGUAACCCAGCUACCGGGGCAGGCGAAUGAUCAAAGCAGGAGGGAACGAGAUGCCACUAAUUAUGCCGAAGUAGUAGAGCAACAAGUAGAUGAUGGUCAUGGUCCGGAAGAUUUGGCAAGCUCGCCGCAUGAACAACCUUCAGAUGUUGAAUCACAAGUCGGUGGAGUUACUGUUUCAUCUUCGACUUCAUCGGCGUUCCUCUCCACUACGAUGUCGACUUCGAAAAGUAGGGUUUCUGCCAAGAAGAAGAUUACAACCUCCACGAGACACGCGGAAAGCAAAUUCAUCUCUCCGGGCAAUAUCAUGAGCAUGAUGGGGAUGAUGGACGCUAACGGCUGCACCCCGUUUUUCGGCACCCUCGAGCUCGUCAUGGCCUGCUUCUGCGUGAUACGCUUUGCAAAUAUAUCGAUCUAGGUCUGGAAGUUUGUGAUGCUGGGGAUGUAAGGAUAGUAUUGAGAUUGACGAGCGACGCAUGACAAGUUUCAUGAUUUGAGAGACUUCUACUACGGCUUCUUGCGUAUUAGGUACACAGCGUGACAAGUAGUCGUUUUUUUGCAUGAUAGAGAAAUAGCGGCCCUGUAGCGCACCCUGCAUGACAGAUUUUUUCCUUCUCCUACCGAAGCAUUACAGACCUAGAUCGAUCAGUUUCAAAUCGAUACAUGAUUCCCCUGAUCCUGUCCGUAAUCGUGCUCAUCGUCAACGCGCUCUGCCAAGACAGCAAUACGCAUUGCAAAGGUUGUAUCGCAAUCAUGCAUUACUCGAGGUUGAGGUAAACCCGCAUUACAAAUCCCAUUUCUCGUGCUGAGAAAAUCAUUUGUAAUGCAGUUACUGCUACGUAGACGUAGUAGUAGUACGAAUACGAUACAGCUUUUCCAAUGCAUACAACAAUUCGGUUGCCAAUUUGUCUUUUUCUCGAUGUUGGCCAUUAUGGUGUUGGACGGCACCUUUCUCGGGCCGAAAGUGUGGCCGGGCCCUAGCUACGGCCAGUUCGGAACCCAGCUAACGGAUGUGCGGACGUGGACCGGGGUGCCCGGGGCGAUGAUCGUGAGCUUCUUCGGCAUGUACUGGGACCAGAAGGGGAAGGGAAAAAAUCUGCAAGUGCCUCCCGCGCUGCCGAAAGAGUACCCGUGGGACGUUUGAAGUAGAUCUGAAGGUCAACAUACGUAAAUGGAACGCUGCACGACCGCAGUGUUUAUGAAACGCUGCACCGCAGGAUGAAGAGGUUGGCAGGCGUGGUUCAGUUUUCACACAUUUUAUUUGACAUCACAAUUAUUUCAGCAGUCAUACUAUACACAAGCAUGAGUGUCGUGUUGUCGAACCACGACGCCUGACCGGCAUUUAUUCAAGUACAGAGUUGGAGAUUUUUUUUAUUCUUUUCGCAACAUUUACAAUUUUUUUUUUUUACAAUUAGAAAGAAGAAAAACACAAGUAAGAUCAUCAACAACGGGGCCCAGAAGUACCUCGUGUAGAAGCGCAGAGCGUUGCAAAACGAGGUACAACAGUAGGGUCUGACACAGAGACAGCAAGAGUUUUCAAGUUUUGUUCCUUUUCAUUUUUAUCCCUAAAUCAAUGGUUUACUUUCAUAAUUACAGCUUUAGCAAGUAGUACAGUAGAAAAACCCCGAUUGUAACAUGUUUGUGCCAUCCCCGGCACUAAAUUAAAACGCUCACCGGCACCAGCACGACAAAGAUCCUCGAGCAUUCGGAUUUCAUCGCAGUUUUCCCCCCUGCGAGUAGUUCCGAGCGCCAUAAAAUCGAACAGCGAAAACACAAGGUUUGAACUUGAAGCUUUUUUCGCAAUAAAAAUUCCGAAAAGAAGUAUCUACGAG